GUAUGAUCAUAUAAGACCCCCGAGAGGUAACAACAACAGAGUAUUGCAGUCACCUACAGUUAGAACCGCAAAUAGCGGCAUCAUUACAAAUACAUCCAGGAUGGCUUCUCCUAGUUCAGAAACUUCAUCAUGGAAUUCUCAUCAGACAGCUUGGUCGACACCGGCCCUUCAGAAUACUGAUAAAACUGACCAUUCCUCAGGAUCUGGAAUUAAUACAAGAGGUCAGUCCGUUUACCACUGGUAUCAGCCUCAAAUUACAGUGCUUAGCAUUAUCAUGAAAGGAAUAAGAUCUAAGCAUAUAAAUGUAAUGAUUUAUACUAUAUUUGUUUGUAUGAUUGUGAUAGCUUGUCCAGAAUGUCGUGUCCUCUCCGAUUUCGUCACUCCGAGUAGAUAUUGGGUUGAAACAAAGGAAGAAAAAGAAAAGUUAAUUGAAGAUUACAAAAAAGCACUGAGCUCCAAGCCAUGUAAAUACUUUAAACAAGGCCGUGGGGAGUGUCCUUUUGCUGGUGCGUGUUUCUAUCUUCACGCAUAUCCCGACGGAACAAAAGCACAACUUCCACCUCCCAGGCCCAGACGAAGGAGAAAUCAGGAUGGAGAUCUGGAAACAAUGGAGCGAAUAUUUCUCUGGGAUUUCUUUGAAGUUCGCGACGAUCAAUUACUUCUUCAGGUCGACAUUGAAGAGAUGCUGGACUUGUUCUCGGACACGGAAGACGAGUCGGAUUGGAGUGAUUUGGACGUUCUUAUAGAUUAAAUGUUCUUCUUGAAAUAUGGUUGGUAAAAAUCAAGAUGCGAGAACUAGCCAUAUCAUCAUAUUGUAGGCCACACAGAGCUUGGAUAUUAUGGAUUUAAAAAAAGUAAAAAAAAAAAAAAAUCAAACAGGCAGCAAAUUUGCAAAGAAUUGUGGCAAAAAAAAUUCAUCCUGGAGUACAGUGAUAUAUAAUGUUUAUGUAUAUAUGUGAACAUUAUAUAUAUGUAUAUAUAUAUAUCUAUAUUUAUACAUAUACAGUAAAUACUGGAUAUAUAUAUAUAUAGGUGAAUGUACUAAAGUAUUGAAGACACCAGGAACAAGAGUAAAGAAUGGUUAGCCUUACAUUCCUGACUGUAUUUUGCACUCGUAGAUUAUCUGAUCUGUUAAUUUUCUAAAAAAAAAAAA